UCAUACUUCUAUCUAGUACUAGUAGUAUUAACUAUUAAAUAGAGUAGAUUAGAGCAGUGUUGAAAGGAAUGGAUGUAGAUGGAUUGAAUCAUAAAGCCAAAAUAUAUGCAUCGUUUCACAAUAAGAACCACAAAUAUAGAAAGGCGUGUGUUAAGAGUGAAGAGUAAGAGUAAAGUCUUAACCAUGCUAACCACGUUUCUCAAAUACCCUUUUUACCCCUUAAUUAUCUUUUGUUCACUCUUGUUGUAUUUUGUAUUUUGCCGUCCGCCGAUAUAUCCUUGAUUAUCACGUGCAUCAUUCCCUCACCAAAUUAAUUGAACCAUAUUCUUUAAUCUUUAUUCUUAAAACCCCACACCACCAAAAAAAAAAAAAAAAAAAAAAUUCCCACUCACACCAAACUUCACCCUUUUAUUUUCUCUCUCAUCCAUUCUUAUAUAAAUACUAGUUCCCCUAUUCUCAAUAAACAGAAAAAACUUGUAACCCAAAAAAAAAAAAUUCACAGCAAAACAUUGAGUUUGCUCCAAUGGAGUGGGUAAGAGGUGAAAUUAUAGGAAGGGGUAGUUUUGGAACAGUUAAUUUAGCUAUACCCAAAUCAUCAAAUUCAACCCAAUUUGUUGUAAAAUCCUCUGAAAUUUCUAAAUGUUCUUCCCUCAAAAAUGAGAGAGAAAUUCUUUUAGAGUUAAGUAAUAAUCACCCAAAUAUAAUCCAAUAUUUGGGCGAUUCUUUGAGUAUUGAAAAGGGUACCCAAAUCUACAAUCUUUUCUUAGAGUAUGCAAGUAAAGGAAGUUUAGCUGAUCAUCUUAAGUUUUGCGGCGGUAAAUUCGAGUUUUCCGAUGUUAAAAGUUACACAAAAUCAAUUCUUAAAGGAUUAUGUCAUAUUCAUCAAAAUGGGUUUGUUCAUUGCGAUAUUAAGCUUCAAAAUAUCUUGCUUCUUGACAAUACUACCAUUAAAAUCGCCGAUUUUGGAUUGGCGAGGCGAGUUUCCGAUGAAUUUGGUAAGCAAUUAAGAGGGACUCCUCUGUAUAUGUCGCCGGAAAUUAUCGCCGGAGAAAAAGUUGAGUCUCCGGCGGAUAUUUGGGCUCUUGGGUGUGCAGUGAUCGAGAUGUUUUCCGGUAUUUCGGCGUGGGAAAUGUCGCCGGAAAGUGACGUCAGUGCUUUGCUUUACCGAAUUGCGGUUGGCGGGGAAUCGCCGAAGAUUCCCGGGAAUUUGUGUUGUGAAGGGAAAGAUUUUCUUGGGAAGUGUUUUAUUAAUAAUCCCAAUGAGAGAUGGACGGCCCAGAUGUUAUUGGAGCAUCCAUUUCUUUCCGGGUUAUAUGAUGACAAACAACAACAAUCUUUUAUUUCUCCAAGGUGUCCUUUUGAGUUUCCGGAUUGGCAAUCCACUUCGGGUUCGAGUUCAGGUUCGAGUUCGGAUUCUGAGUCCAUUUCAUCUUUCGGGUUUUCGGAAGAGUCUUGGACUUUAACUUCGAGUCCUAUAUCACAUCGGUUAGAAGGAAAAUUGAUUUCAGAUCGAAUACCCGAUUGGGGUGCUUCAAAUGAUUGGGUUACUAUUCGAUAACAACUUUUUUUUAGUGUUAGGAUUUUAUUUUGUGGUAGAAUAUAUUCGCCGUCAGAUCAUAUAUUUUUUACUUGAUCGGAUGGUAACAAAAUUCUUUCAAUGUCAUGUUGUACAUGCUACUCUAGUUAAUCAAAAACAAAAGAUACAAGAUUUUUAAUCUA